AUGGCGUCCGCUCUCAAGGCCAAUUGCCGCAAGGUCAUCUGCAUCGGUCGCAACUAUGCCGACCACGUCGCCGAGCUGAACAACACCAAACCCAAGCAGCCCUUCUUCUUCCUCAAGCCUGCCUCCUCCAUCCUCUGUCCCGGCGAAGGCCCGGUGCUGCGCCCCCGCGGCACCAACCUGCACUAUGAGGUGGAACUCGGUCUGGUGAUGGGCAAGACCCUUCGGGAUCUGGACCCGAGCGACGAGGAGACCGCCCUGGACGCCAUCCACAGCUACUUCCUCGCCAUCGAUAUGACCGCCCGCAACGUCCAGGACGAGGCCAAGAAGAAGGGCCUGCCCUGGUCCAUCGCCAAAGGCUUCGACACCUUCCUUCCCAUCUCGCAGGAGAUCCCCAAGGCGCGCAUCCCGAACCCCCACGACGCCUUUUUGCGUCUCAGCGUCGGGUCCCAGCUGCGCCAGGCCGACUCUACCGGCCUGAUGCUCUUCAAGAUCCCCCGCAUCCUCGCGGAGAUCUCCAAGGUCAUGACCCUCGAGAAGGGCGACCUCGUCCUCACCGGUACCCCCAAGGGUGUUGGCGAGGUCAAGUCCGGCGAUGUGAUGAAGGCGUCCAUCGAGGUUGAUGGCAAGGAGGUCGAGGAGGGACGUAUCGAAGUCGAAGUGAAGGAUCGGGAUGGGAAGUAUCUGUACGCUGAGACCUAG